GUUUUGACGUUUAUAACGUCAAAUCUUGCGAAAAAAUGUCCGAAGAGCUGGAAAAAGUGUGCGAAACGUUGGACAAACUAACUUUGGACGCUCUAACGCUGAUGGAAGAGCAAAUACAACUCAAAUUGAGCCUCGAAAAUGCCAUGGUUGCCGGCGAAUCAAACUUGGCCAAAACUCGCUAUAUUUUGGGCCAAAACAGCGUGAGUGUGCUGCAGUUGCCGUCGGAAGAUGCAGAAAUGACGGCGAAUGUUAAAGUGGUGGAUAAAAGUGAGAAAUAUUUGGACUGCAAGGCGGUGGAGAUACAAAAAUGUGGUGGGGAAGAUGUACCGAACCCUUUGAAAUGGUUUGGGGUUUUGGUGCCUCAAAAUCUGCACAACGCGCAAAAAAUGUUCACGCAGGCUAUUAAUUACGUUGUCGACAGUGUUAAUGUGCAAAGAAAAUUGGAGGAGACUUGUGUGAAAUUAAAGCAGUUGAAGGAAUAUAAAAAAGAAUUGUUAGGUUAGUUAUUUAUUAUUAUUAUAAAAAUAAAA